AUGGAGAUUUCGGAGUACUUGGACAAGAAGUACGUUAGCCAGAAGGCACUUCUCAGUACUAGUAUUGAAGAACUCAAAAGGCUCCAGCACACUUUGGAACAGGUCAAUGAUGGCAAAGACUUGCUUCAAAGCCAUCAGCUUUCCAUGGAUGAAGAAAAUAAUAUUGAAAAAUAUCAUAUCAACUUACAGCCCUUGGAAUCAAAAGUGAAAAUUAUCCAGCGAGCAUGGCGUGAGUAUCUGCAGCGCCAGGACCUGCCACACCACGAGCAGCUGGACAAGCGCAGUCCCUCCCCACCAUCCCUCUCCUCGGACAAGAUGAGCAGGUCCAUCAGCAUGAACACCUUUUCCGACAGCAGCACACCAGUGAGUACAGCAUUGGGGCCCAUUUUCUUAUUUGUUGCUUUUUGUUGGGUUCCUUUCUAG